AUGAACCACAGGUGCCGCAAGGGAUGUCGCUGCCGUGGCUCUGGCGGUAGCACUCUGGACUUUGAAAGGGCAGCCAAUGAUACCGGUGGAACGCUUUCCAAGGAACCGGAACUGGUGGAACCGAUUCAGAACGUAACCGUGGUGGCAGGAAGAGACGUCAAGCUGUCUUGCGUCGUGGAUAACCUCGGCACUUACAAGGUGGCGUGGAUCGCCUUCGACAAAUCAGCCAUCCUGACGGUGCAAGAUAGCGUGAUCACUCGCAACCCGCGCGUGAGUGUCUCCCACGACGGCCAACGCACCUGGACGCUACACCUGUCGAAGGUCAACGCCUCUGACGCCGGGACCUACAUGUGCCAGGUCAACACCAUCGUCGCCAAGAGCCAGCUGGGCAUCUUGAAGGUCGUGGUGCCGCCUUACAUCGUGGACAACCGCAGCUCUCGAGAUAUGAUGGUGCAAGAGGGUGCCAGCCUUAACCUCACCUGCAGUGCCACGGGGACGCCUCCUCCCUCUAUCACAUGGCGCAGGGAAGACCAUAUGAAAAUCAACAUUAAUAAGACAUACCAAACUACGGAGUACGAAGGAGCCAGCCUGCCUCUCGCCAGGGUGAGCAGAAUGGACAUGGCUGCCUAUCUUUGCAUCGCUCGUAACGGCGUCCCUCCUAUUGUCAGCAAGAGGAUUCAAGUCAGUGUAAAUUUCCCGCCCAUGAUGAGCAUCCCGCACCAGCUCGUGGGCGCCCCCUUGGGUUACAGCGUCACCCUGGAGUGCACCAUCGAGGCUCAUCCCCCCGCCCUCACCUACUGGACGAGGGGUCAGGAUGUCAUGCUACAUCAGAGCAACAAGUACCAUAUUGACGAAAAGCCCGGGGAAGUGUCAUACCUCACGCACAUGAAACUCACUAUUAGCAACCUGAAGAAGAGCGACUUCGGUUCCUACAAGUGUGUGGCCAAGAACUCACGUGGAGAAACGGAGGGACUCAUCAAGCUCUAUGGUGAGUGCGAGGUUCUCCUGGAAUUCAUUACGACAUGGAGGCAAAUACAGUACACGUGCACGUUGUCGCAGCGAGUCGAGGUUGCAACAGCUACUUCUCACGCUCGCUUGUUUGCAGCUCUACCUCCUCCUGUUGUGAUAAAACGUUCAGUGCCGUUCAACUGUCGCUGCAGUGUUGCAAGAUAUGUUCCUGGUCUAUAUUUCAAAGCAAAGUCGAAAGUAGAGCUUAAGGCAAUAACCCUACAUCACAGACUGACGGUGUUGCAGCUCGAGAUCACCGAAUAUAAUUCAAGGUCGUGCUGGAGCCAAGCUGGAAGAUAA